AUGAGUUUUGCACUUAUGCGCGGCUUUCGAACAUUAAGUCGUAUUGCUCAUCCAUCUUUGGUCAAUUCAUACUUUCUUGGUGGCCCGUCAUCGAAAUCAAUGAUACCUAUAACUAGUGGAACAGCCAUUCAACCUGUAUUUUCACCUCAAAAUUCAGUAGCAAAUAUGGCUUCAUUCACUACAUCAGAUCAUUGGAAGGUUGAACGUGUGGUAGCUGUAGCUAUGGUUGCUAUUAUUCCAGGCUCAUUUGUCUGUGAUUCAGCAAUGAUGAAUUAUUUACUUGCUGCUACCAUGGCUAUACAUGCUCAUUGGGGAAUGGACGCAGUAUUGAUUGAUUACUGUCCAAGAAAAGCCUUACCAUUUGCUAAUCUUCUGCGAUAUGCAAUGACAGCUAUUGCUUUUGGUGGUCUUUGUUAUUUCAACUACAACGACAUGGGUUUAACAAAAGCAUUGAAAGCACUUUGGGCUCUUCAUUGA